ACUACGGCAACGCUGACGCAGACUCAACUCCUUACCCUGUACACCACAUUUUCUCGUGAUAAGGGCUCGCACUUGUUUUUGUGUGUAACGUAUGUUGUUCGCCGGAGAGAGGUCUUGAAAAACAACAGCAGCAGCGAACUUAACUUCUUGCCAAGAUGACGCUUCCUUAUUCCAAAACUUCCACGGUGUAUCGCACAGUUAGCGUAGCUUCGGAACCAAACGUUGCGGGAAUUGUCUCUCCUACUGACGGCGCAACAUACAGGACCGUGAGUGUUCCUGUAUCGCCUGUGUCCCAGCAAGUGCAGUACAUUAAUGGUACCCUGGAUGGAAAUGCAGUUUAUGGUGGUAUGCGUUACCUGGUCCCUGUUCAGAGGGGCGAUUCUUAUAUGAUGGUCAACCAAGGUGCGCAGGUUAUCCCACAGCAGCAGAUGAUGACACAACAGGUUUUGACACCUGUAUACUUGCAGAAUGUCGGCAUGCAGAAUAUGGGCAUCCAGAAUAUGAGCAUGCAGAAUGUGGGCAUGCAGAGAAUCAGCGUCGGCAGUGUGGAGGACGUUGUGGUGGAGAAUGGAAAUGCUCCCUCCGUUUUCAGCCAGACUUCCAGUCCCGCCAAGAGCCCAGAGCCAGUCCAUCAAGAGCAGGAGGAAGUGGUGGAGACCAUCGUGCAGAAGGUCUCGCGGGUGGAGAUAAAGGCGGAGCUGCCCGAGCCGGAACCCACGCCCAAGCUGGACACGCGCUACUUCGGAGAGCUGCUGGCGGAGGUCUACCGCAAGAACUGUGACAUCCACUCCUGCAUCUCGGAGCAUGUGUCCAAGAUCAGAGGACGGAAGCACCUCCUUGAUUCCAUUGAUUAUAAGGCGGAGAAGCAGGAGGUGGAGGCCUUAAUCCCCAAAGGAUUGUCGGAGCUCACCAAACAGCAGAUCCGCUAUCUGUUACAGACCCGGUUGACGGCCGACAAGACCAUGCGUCUGCUCCUGACCACCUUCAGCAGCCUGAGAGAGGAACUGCUGCACAUGCAGGAAGACCUGCGUCGUCUAGAGAGUGAGAAGGAGGAGCUGGAGAGGGAUUUGAGCUUCAAGUCGGACCAGGCCCUGCAGUACGACCGCCUGAUUGAGAGUCUGCGAGACAACAACCGACAGCUCCAGAUCACAUUGAAGGAGACCACCAGCUCCCAGCAGAGCCUUGAGACGCACCUCCUCAGCAGUCGCAGCGGCGAAUCCAGCCGCGAGUUCCGCAUUAAGGAGCUGGAGGGCCUCAAGAAGGCCCUGGAACAGGAGAACGAGAUGCUCAGACAGAAGAUGGUGGGCCAGCUCAGUAGCUCAACUCUGAGUGCCAAGACGGAGGAGCUGUCCCGCCAGUACACCCAGAACCUCAACUCCCUGCGUGAGGAGAAGGACAAGGAGCUGCAGACCCUCCGGACCCAGAUUAUAAGGAUCCAGACAGAACACACCACAGAGCGCACUAGUGACACGAGCCUGCAGCUGCGCAUCACGGAGCUCAUGGCCACCUUGGAGCAGCGCGACAGUCUCGUCAAACGCCAGGAGGAGGAGAUCAAGCGACUUCAGGAGGAGAAAAACAGCGCUGCACAAAAUGUCACCAGGACUGUCAUCACGAAAAGGUACCGCAACCAGUAUCCCAUCCUGGGCCUGCUCAGCGACGACUACCAGUACACGUCCCCAGUGAAGGAGGCCAAGACCAUAGUGAUCGAGAAGACAGGGGAGAUGAUCAAACAGGAAAUCAUUACCACACCUUAAAGAACAAAACAAAAACAAAACUGCUUCUCUCUGACAGGAAUGAAUGACAUGAAGACCCAGGAGCCUCUCUCUCUGUCUCUCUGUCUCUCUCUCUCUCCACCUCUCCACCCAUCCCUCCCCACCUCUCCUACCCCUGUACCACCUGCUGUCUAUCCCUCUCCCCCUCCCUCUCUCCAUCUCUCUCUCGCUCUCCGGGGCUAAGUUAGGGUGGUGGUGGUGGUGGUAGUGGGAAAAAAAACGCUACUUAACACUAAAAUUUGGGCACAGUGUGCAUCUGGGACAACCAGGGUGGGGAUGCACGGGGAUAGAUUGUGGGUAAGUUAAGAUCUGCUCAAACGACUCGAUUUGUCUCAAUUCAUGGAACUCAAGGUACGGAAUUGGGGAUAAUCUCUGAAGGUCAAUCCACUUCAAUGUCAGAAGGUUCUGUCAUAUGAAUUUGAACCUUUUGUUAUAAUGUUCCCACCACAACUCUAGUAGCCUCAGAGAGAUUCGGUUGCAUCAAAUACUAACAGUAAUGUAAAUAAAUAUGCUUUUUAUUAAACACGGAAAGAGUGAAAACAAUGGAUGCUUGCUUUGAACAUGUGCAUUUUAAGGGAGGCUAUUUAUGUAAGGAUUAUGAAAUGGCUGCCUUUUAUGGACACCAGCCUUGUGGGUUUUUAUUUUUAUUUUUAUUUUCUCAUUUAUUUCAGCACAAUGUCAGCUUGUUGAUAUAAUUUUACGGUCAUAAUGGAUAUAUUGGUUAAUAGUUUGCUAUAUUUUGCUGUUAAAACAUGGUGGCAGUGGCUGGUGAUGGAGCUUGCAUGAUGGGGAAUUUUGUUUUAUAUGCUUUCUUACACCAGACCAAAAUCCUGUUAUUGAUAAUCUAGUUGGCCACCUAGUUUACUUUUUAAUUUGUUCAUCAUAGAUGACUUAAGUUUGUUGGCAAAACUUGGUACCACUGCUAUUAAAUCCCUGAACAGGGCAGAAUUUAAGUCCACUCUGUUUAAUCUCAGGGGAACUGAAACAGGUGUGUUGAGGAGUUGGAGUGAGAAAUUGGGUUGAGGAUUUGAAAAAUGCUCUUACGGUAAAGGGGAGAUUUUUCAAGUCUUCGUGCCACUUUCAGACCAGCUCUUGAACUGCACUGAGGAGAUAAAACAGAAUGGACGCAAACUCUGAAACUGAACUGUUAAAGUAGAAAGAAAAACUCAAAAAACUAAUGUGGAUAAUUUAUCAGACAAUGUUGUUUCAUCAUCUUUUUCCAUUGUAAUUAUUUAGCUAUAGCCCUUGGCUCAUCUGAAUGCAAGUCUACUACAAUUUGUAGAAACAAAUUUGAUGUAAUUGUUCUUGCUUUACCAAAUUUGCCAAUGUUAGAUAACUGGUCAAAUAAGUAUGGUCAAAUGACCCCCAAGACACACACACACACACACACACACACACACACACACACACACACAGAGAGACACACACAGAGAGACACACACACACACACACACACACACACACACACACACACACACACACACACACACACACACACACAAAAUGUGAAUGUGCAUACAAGACACCCAUAAUCUCUGGAAGGAUCAACACAUGAAUACUGUAACUCUUAAAAGUCAGUUGGUGAUACAGUGUCACUUUUGAUCCAACGUAAUUUAAGCAGAUGUUUUUUUUGUGGAAUAAAUCCUGCUUUAUCUCUGGAUAUAACCAAACGACAGCAUACGACAAAUCUUCUACAUUCUGGAUUUGUUCAUACAUGCCUCAGCCAACACAUGGUCUGAACCAGUGGCACAAGCUUUCAAGUCUGUCAGAUUUGAAUUACUACUUUAACACCAAAUGUAUAAUGUUGUUCAGAACCAUGGCAUUAUAACAGAGAUGUGAUUUAAGGUUGCCUUGUUGCACACAGAGCCUUCAGGCAGGGGUCAUGGAAUUGCACUGUAUCUCCAGCUGACAACGCAGAGUUUUAUUGAUAUAAGAAUACAACUGGAAGAGUAUGCAGUAUCUUGACUAGUAUUCAUUCUGUAUAGCCCCAAGAGGUGAUCUUUUUUGUUGUGACAGUAUACUGUAGUAACUCAGCAACGAAUAAUGUUUUUGUUAAUUUCAUAGAACUCUAAACUCUGAGGGUCCACUGGUUUUCAGUGGAUUUGCUGCAGCACUGGAACACUUUCUGAAAUACAGUAUGUGUUUAUGGGAUAACUUCAUUGUCACUGUUUAUCGAGAUGGUCUGUUUAUACUUGUUCUUUAUAUGAAAUAAUUUCAUUUACUGUGUUUAUUAUUCUGUCAGAUUUGAGAUGGAUCUGUACAUUCUGAAGUGUAUGCAAUAUGCUGUCUUCUCACUGUUUAAAUAAAGAGUUUGUAAACUAGA